AUGGAUUUGGUAGAUUUGAGGAUAGAUUUUGUAGAUUUGAGAGCGAAUUUUGUGGAUUUGGAAACGAAUUUUGUGGAUUUGGAAGUGGGUUUUAUGGGUUUGAAAAUGGAUUCUGGGGAUUUGGCAAUGGACUGUGGAUUUGGAGACGGGUUUUGUGGGGUUAAGGAUGGAUUUUGUGGAUGGCAUUCAUCUUCUUUCAUGAGGGAUAGAAAGUUCAAUGGGAAAGGAAAAGGAAGUAAUAAAGAACACAAAUUAUUGCAAUAUUUGGAAAUAGAAAGUGAGAAUGACCUUCUUGAUGAAGAUGAAGAUGUGGAGGAGGAAAAUGAUCAUGAAUCUGAGGUUCCAGAACAUACUGGGCCAGUUGGUCAAAAGAUAGAAGCUUCACCAGCUCCUAAAGAGGCAGAGAGACAACUAUCGAAGAAAGAGAUAAGGAAAAAGGAGCUUGCUGAAUUGGAGGCACUUUUAGCUGAUUAUAGGGUUGAGCAAGAGGAGAAAGGUUCAUCAGACUUACCUAGUAAUUCUUUUGCCUCGUGUAUUGAUGGUGUGGAGUUUUCUAAAAGUUUUUCUAUAAUUACAAAUGUUACCAAUGAGAAGAAAGAGGGAGGUGACCAGCAAGGAGAGGAUAUGGAAAAGAAAAAUGCUGCCACUAUAGAAACGAAAAGUGCAAAGAAGAAGAAAAAGAAGGACAAAGCAUCCAAGGAGGUGAAGGAAUCAGUGGAUCAGUCCAACAACGUUGAUGCCACCAUUAGACCCGGGGAAACUGGAAGAGCUGGGCAAGUAGAAGAUGUGUCACCGGUGGAUAUGAAAGAGAAGCUGAAAAGGGUGGCUUUGGCAAAGAAAAAGAAAUUUAGGAAAGAGACACAUGCUGCUGCGAGAGUUGCUGCUAAUGAGGUUGCUGCACAGAGUGCCAGGAUUGCUGCAGCAAAGAAGAAAGAGAACAGUCAUUACAAUCAGCAGCCGAUGCGAUAAA